GGUAUGAAGCUUUUUAUAAAACUUACUCCAAGCCAAUAUGAAAAAGUUCUAAGCCUAGUAUCUGAAAACUUUUUUGAAGUAGUUGAUAAUAAACAAAUUCUGGAGGUCCUAGAGUUUUUGUUAAAAUGCUUUCUGAAAAAGAUUGUCUGCAAAGUCAAGUUCACCAACUAUGACCCAACCCUUGAAUCAUAUGAUACUUCUAAGAAUAGCCUAGAAGAAGAUUUGAAAGAUUUAAUUGAUAAUCCUGCUAAUGAAUCACAAGACCCUAGUUGGUCCUAUCAGGAAGAAUUUAGCCAAAAUCAUAGAUUAUUUAUUUGUUAUCAAAAAUCUACCAAGGUCGAUACUGAAGAUGACGAGUUAGAUAGAAGAAGCCUUGAAAAUUCUAAGAAUUGUGAACCUAAUGAUAAUGUCUAUAUGGUGAAUAAUAAGGAAAAAGAUGAUGAUGAAAAACUGAUUUUGAUGAGAUAA